AUGGCUGCAGAGCUGAAUGGCCGGGCCAAGCGGACCUUGAGCGAUGCAGGUCUCCUGCGUCAGCUGACUGAGAUGAGAAUAAAGCACUAUCUCUAUGUUGGCGCCAAGCACCGCGCACUGGUUGGGCUCUAUUUUGGGACGUUUGACCCGCUGCACGAGAACCACUUUCGCUUGGUAUUGUGUGCCUUGAGAACGUGCGGUCUUCGGCGAGUGGUGCUAGUGCCCAAUCAAGGAAGCAAUCCUUACAAGCAAGGCUGCACCCCAAUGUCGGAGCGUGUGGCGUGCAUCAAGGAACGCAUCAGAAUUGCAGAGGAGGCUGGUGAACUUGAACCAGGAGAAGUGAUCGUGCGCAAAGAGGCAGGUGCCAACAACUGGCCGCAGCGCGAGAAGGUGGCACAAGCAGUUGAAAGAGAGGAGUUUGCAGAUGCCACUGUUACCGCCAAUGUGGUGUUGCUGUUGGGCGAGGACUCAUUUUCAAAGUCUUUAAGUCAGGCAACUGGGAAGCACAAAAACGUGGGCAUUUUUCAACUCCAGAGCAGACCCAGGCGGCUCAUUGUGUUUCCGCGAGCGCAGCAAGAGCUGGUGAUCCCAGAGAAAUUGCGCGAUUAUGUUCAGGUGGCUCCCUACAAAGACUUGGUGGAGGGCUUGAGCUCUUCGAAGAUUCGAGCUCUUGUGGAGACUGGCGCAGAGGCUCCAGAUGCUCAAGCAGUUCAUCCAGCAGUUUGGGCACGUUUGAAGGAGUAUGUCAAAAGCGCUGCAUCAGAAGGUUCAGCAGAUGCGCUUGGAACACGGAGCAGUGGAGAAGACGAAGAGGAGUCGUUUGUGCCACACAGUGACCAAGGUAACUGUUGGGCGGAUCCUGCAGCACACUAUGAUGCACAAGCUCCCAGCUCGUCUUCUCUCCGAGACCGGCCGCAGUCCCCCACAGUGCGGCUUCGUAAUUUCAAUUCCUUUGCCAAGGCCGUUUUGCUGGACCAAUUCCUCACCGAUGUCUUGCGGCAAGCCGGCGGCGAGGGCCGGCCAUUGUCAGUGCUUGAUUUGGGUUGUGGAAAGGGUGGCGAUCUCAAAAAGCUCAUGAACUCCGGUCUGACGCACUAUUGCGGUCUAGACGUCUCCUACGCCUCCUUAGAGGUCUUCAGGGCAAGGCUCAAGGAUCUCCAAAGCAAUCGGGCGCCAAGGCAUGGGCUCUUGGGGCGUUCUGAGGGCUUGGCCUUAAAGGAGGUCGCCUUGAUCCAUGCAGAUGCCUUCCGGGAGUGUUUGGAAAGUACCUGGGACCGGAGGAGAUAUGGCACUGCACGGUCACAGCUUGGGCGCUCUUGGUUUCACUUGGUGACCUCCCAGAUGGCCUGUCAUUAUGCCUUCCAGUCUCAGGAGUCCUUGGAAACCAUGUUGGACAAUGUCUCCAAACGCCUGUGCAGUGGGGGCUAUUUUGUCGCAACGGUUCCAGAUGCAAAGAGGAUAGUCUCAGCUCAACGCAAUGCCUUGUCUUUAGGGCGAGCGUUUGGUCGGCUCGGAAACAACCUCUUUGGAAUUGAGUUUUCAGAAGAGGAGUGGUCAAAGGUGGAAUCCAUCACCUGGGAUGAGACGUCGGAUCAGCUUGACAAGCGAGCCUUUGGAAUCAUGUACAGGUUUGAUUUGGUGGACGCCGUCGAUUCCUGCUUGGAACCGCUGGUGCAUUUUCCAAGCUUGAGAGCCAUAGCGAAGAGCAAGGGCUUGCAGCUCAGCCUCGCUCCCACUCCUUUGAGUCAGCUGGUCAUGGGAGACAAAGCUGAGCUGGGACGCUUGCGCCGGAUCUACGCUUUCGCAGGUGGUAUGGCUUUGCACUCCAACGAGGCGAGGGAGCAACGAGAGGCAAUGGAAUUUUAUGUUGCCUUUGCCUUUCAAAAAGAGCAGGCUGAAGAUUUGCCCACCUGCCAAGAAGUUUCUGAGGGUGUGAGGGCCCAGAAAAGAGGACAAGACUUCAUUGAUAUGCUGCACUUGCUUCACUUGAUGCACCGACCACCCAGUGGCAGAAGCCGUGUCUUCCACGGGAACACCGCAAUCAUGCACAAGUACCGGUGUGCCAUUGCCAUGGCAGUCUUCAGUAAGAUGUCAGGACGCCGUACCGCUGUGCCGCUAGUGUUGGGUGCUGCUGCUUUGGCAGCGACAAGCUUCGUGGUUCCAGGGGCUCCUGUGCAGCAAGUCUCUGCUCGAACUCCAGUGACUGCUCAGGUGAAGCAAGAUGCAGCGAGCUCGCUACCAGGCCUCACAGCAGGUGUGACCAUGGGAGUGACAGCUGCAGCAGCUGCAGCCAACCGAAGAAAGCCAGUGAGGAGUCAAAAGUCGCUGGCAAAGGCCAAGAAGGAGAUGUCGGAAUCCGGCCUGUUGCACUUGGUUGCAUCGGUUCAGGAUGUCUUGUCCAAACCUCACGAGGGAGAUCGCAUUAGGGAUCUGAAGGCACUGGCUGCUGAGCUGAAGCACACUCAGAAUAGCACCAGCCCAAUGGAGGGCCCCUUGCGAUGGGUGGCGAACAUGGCAGCAGCUCUUCUGUUGACUCAGGGGAUGGCCUUGCAGCCUGCGAAUGCUGGAGAUGUAGUCAACUACUCUGACUUCAUUGAUUCAGUGAACAAGGGCGAUGUUGAGAUGGUGCGUGUGCAACCAGACAUGCUGUCGGCUCAGUAUGUUACCAAGGAAGGUGCCCGGCGGGAAGUGAACCUCAUUCCAAACGGCCAGAUUGAAGAUCAGCUCUUUAACCAGCUUGCUGACAAGAAGGUGGAUGUGGUGAUGUCGACGGGUGAGGCUGGAUCUCCUUUCGACUUCCUUGCCCGCUUUGCUGGUCCACUUGCAUGGCUGGUGGCUGGCCUCUUGCUGCUUUUCGGUGGUGUUGGUGGACCUGCUGGACCUGGUGGACCUGGUGGGAAUCCUUUUGAGCUGGGCAAGUCCAAAGCUCGGAUCAUCAAGGAUGGCGACACCAAGGUGAAGUUUGGUGAUGUGGCGGGCUGUGACGGCGCCAAGACAGAGCUGGUGGAGGUGGUUGACUUCCUGAAGAAUGCCUCGAGGUACUCAGAACUGGGCGCCAAGAUCCCCAAGGGUGCCUUGCUGGUGGGCCCACCUGGCACAGGAAAGACCUUGCUCGCCAAGGCUGUGGCAGGCGAAGCCGGUGUGCCCUUCUUCAGCAUCUCCGCGUCGGAGUUCGUUGAGGUCUUCGCUGGAGUGGGCGCUUCACGCGUCCGAGAUCUCUUUGAACAAGCGAAGAAGUCUGCGCCGUGCAUCAUUUUCAUCGAUGAGAUCGAUGCUGUGGGGCGGCAGCGAAGUGCAGGCUUCGGACAGGGCAAUGACGAACGUGAGCAGACUGUGAACCAGCUGCUUACCGAGAUGGAUGGUUUUGAGAGCAACAAGGGAGUGGUGGUCCUCGCAGCCACAAAUCGGGCAGACAUCUUGGAUCAGGCCCUCGUUCGCCCAGGUCGCUUCGAUCGGCAGAUCCAGGUGGAUCCUCCAGAUGUCCAGGGCCGCUUGGAGAUCCUCAAGGUCUACGCCAAGGGGAAGAACUUGGCUCCUGGCAUCGAUUUGUCAGCGAUCGCAAAGCAAACACCAGGAAUGUCCGGGGCUGACCUGGCCAACCUUCUUAAUGAAGGAGCCAUUGUGGCAGCACGGCAGAACAAGUCCGAGAUCGACUCCGAUGAUAUCUUCAAUGCUCUCGAGCGGAUUGCAUUGGGCUUGGAAAAAAAAGAUGCAGUGAUGUCAGAGCAGAGGAGAAGACUCGUUGCUUACCAUGAAGCCGGUCAUGCUAUUUUGGGCGCUUUGGUGAAUGACUAUGAUGCAGUUGCCAAGAUUAGCAUCGUGCCACGUGGACCAGCGGGUGGCGUCACGAUCUUCAUGCCUUCUGAAGAGCGCUUAAACUCAGGCCUUUAUUCCAAGGAAUUCCUCGAGAAUCGCAUGUGCGUGUCACUUGGUGGGCGCCUGGCAGAAGAGAUCAUCAAUGGCAAGGACAACGUGACGACUGGAGCUUCCAACGAUUUCCAACAGUGCACCCAGGUCGCCAAGCAGAUGGUGAUGCAGCUGGGCAUGUCUUCCGUUAUUGGCCAGCGGCAACUUGGAGGUCAGCAGCAGGGCGGACCUUUCAUGGGCCGCGAUUUCAUGGGUCAAGGCGCGCCGCCUAUGUCCCAAGCAUUGAAGCAACAGGUGGAUGACGAAGUGAAACGUAUUGUGGAUGAACAGUACCAGCGCGGCAUGAAGCUCUUGAGAGACAAUAUGUUUUUGCUGGAUGAGUUGGCAAAGCUACUCAUGGAGCAGGAGAAGGUCAGUGGUGAAGAGCUUGUGAAGCUUAUCAACAGAGCUGCGAUUGAUGGGAAGUUGGCGGUGGACAACAAGCAGAUGGCCUUUGCCGCCUUCACAGGUGAGAAAGUGGACGACAAUUCAAUGGGUUCGAAGCUCACCAGCAAGUGUCUUCCAUCUAUGACAUCUAUGACCCCCACUUCAAUGCCCAAGGGCUUCUGUGGCUCGACCCUCCGUCCCCGCCAUGACCGUGCUGCUGCACGCAACGCGAUUGCCCGACUUGGGCUCGCGCACGAUGAGAAGGCUGUGAGCAGUGAGAAGGUUCUGCAAGAAGUUCAGCGAAUGGCAACUGAUGUCUCCAAUGGCUCCGCUUUGCCAAGCCAGGUGGUCCGAACCGCAGCUGUGCAGACCUUGGUGUCUUUAGCUGCUAUGGCAGGUCCAUCUGCUGCAGUUGCUGAUGAUGUGGCAGUGCCACAGAGCGUUCCGCAGCCCAUGACUCAGAUGCAAGCUACUGGCCGUGUCACCUAUUCUCGCUUCUUGGAAUUCGUCGAGGAUGGUGCGGUGAAGCGCGUCGACAUGUAUGACAUGGGCCGGACUGCUGUUGCUUCCGUGACCAUUGCCGGUCGUGAGCAGCAGUUGAUUUGCGAUUUGCCUGGUGCCAGCACGGGAGUCAUCGACAAACUCGUGGCAAAGAACGUGGCCAUUGAUGUGCACCAACCGGACAAACCCAACCCACUCUUCGGCGCCUUGGCUGAUGCAGCGUUCCCUUUGCUGACCAUCGCUGGUUUGCUCUUCUUGCGAUCGCAGAACCCUGGUACUGGUGGCAUCCCAGGACUUGGCAAUCAGGGGAAGGCGCAAAUCAUGAUUUCCCCUGACACGGGAGUCAAGUUUGAGAACGUUGCCGGAAUUGAUGAGGCAAAGGAGGAGCUUACGGAGAUUGUCGAUUUCCUGAAGGCUCCCGAGCGUUUUGUGAAGGUCGGAGCCAAGAUCCCACGUGGCGUCCUGCUCACUGGGCCUCCGGGCACCGGGAAGACGCUCAUGGCCAAAGCUUUGGCAGGUGAGGCUGGUGUGCCCUUCAUCCAAUCCUCCGCCUCGGAAUUCAUUGAGCUGUUUGUGGGUGUCGGGGCCUCUCGCGUGCGCGACAUCUUCAAACAGGCCAAGGAGAAGGCUCCCUGCAUCGUUUUCAUCGAUGAAAUUGAUGCCAUUGGCCGACAGCGCGGUGCUGGCAUGGGAGGUGGAGAUGAUGAGCGGGAGCAGACAUUGAAUCAGAUCCUGACCGAAACUGCCCGGAUUGCUGGAGCUUUGGGUGGCCGUGUGGCGGAGCAGUUGGUCUUCGGCAGCUCCCAGGUGACCACUGGUGCUGGGGGAGAUUUGCAGCAGGUGGAGCGCAUGGCUCGGGCCAUGGUCACCCAGUUUGGCAUGUCCGAUCAGCUCUGCAAAAGUUGCCAAGACCUUCCUACAUCAAUUUUUCGCGCCCUGAGACGCACAGGACGCAAAAGAAGGUCGUCGACAGCAGCGGAGGGCGACUCCAGCCGGCUCUUGGAUGGAGGGUGCAAAAGAAGAUGAUCGACGGCAGCGAAAGGCAAAGCCAGCAGGCUCUCGGAUGGACGUGGGCUCCAUUGCCAUCGAUGACGGGGGCUUUGGUGGGCCCAACUAUUCGGAGGACUUGAACUCAAAGAUUGACAGCGCUAUCAAGGACAUCUCGGACGAGUGCUUCCAAACAGCGUGGAAUCUGCUGGAGACACACCGAGAUUGCUUGGACAGAGUGGCUGAGGAGCUUUGCGAAAUGGAAACCAUCACCGGCGACAGGCUCCGAGAGAUCGUUGCCCAAUACACUGAAUUACCAGAGAAGAUGGCUGCGGUUUGAGGCUUCAACUUUAGCGAAAUGCGUUUGAAUGAAUUGCACUUUCAUUGGUCAUAAAACCACUGAAUUCUUGUCGUUCCAUUGCACGCGUUUAGAGACACAACUCUAUUGUACAGGGUCAGUCUUGAUGCGAGUUUUGUUCUCGCUCUUGUUUCUCAACCUCUCAGCUGGAUUGACGUCGGUCACAUCCUCAAGCUACUCCAAUCUUCGUGCACAGUCAAAACCUGAUUGAGGUCAAAGAACUUAGUUUACGUGUUUCAUUUUUUUUUUCCUGUUGUAC